AUGCGUUCCUUCAUCGCCAGCGCCGUCGUCGCGCUUUCGAGCGUCGCCAUCGUUAACUGCAUCCCGAUCGCACAGCAACAAGUUCUAGCCGAGAUCCAACGUACCGAGCAGCUGGUAACACAACUCGAAGCCGACGUUAUCCAGUCCAAUGCGAUGGCAGCACAGACCGAUUACAGGAACAUCCAGCACGAGCUUGAUGCAUUUGGCAUGUACCUGGGACAAAUCACCGACUCGACUUGCGUCGCCGACGGGCCUGGAAGCAGCACUGUUUCCGUCACAAAAUACUACGAUGUCCUUACCGCACUGCAACUCCUCCAGGCCGAUAUGAUCAACAUCUCUGCUGGCGUACUCAACAGGCAGACCAGCACUUCCGUCGCCGCCUACCAGACCGCACAACAGAAGCUUGAGAGCACAUAUGAGUAUGUUUUCGGCUCCGCAAUCAGCUAUGGUAUUCUCCAGGGUCUUCAGAACUAG